UUUUGUUUGGUGAUCUGAUUCUUGACUGGAUGUAAAAUGCAAAGAUCACGGAGAGCUCUUCUGCUUAGAAGAAGAAUUUCUGAGGAUACUUCCAAUGCAAGGAAUCGACUCUACAAAGUUUCAUUGUCUCUCGUUUUUCUCAUAUGGGGGUUUCUCUUGUUAUCUACUUUGUGGAUAAGUCAUCGAAAUGGUCACAAAGGGAAGUAUCUAGUCGAUUCGGAACACAAUGGUGAUCAUCAAGAUGGUGUUUGUGGAGAUGAGACAGAUGAACCUGUUGAUGCACAAUCACUUGAGUCGUCUACGUAUGUUAGCUCUACUCCUAGUUUGAGUCUGGAUGUUCUUAUAGCCGAGAAUGCUGGAAAUGUUACAGCAAGCAAAGAAGACAUUGGGCUUGUGAAGCAAAGUGAGAUGAGUAACAACAACACAGGUCCAGAGAAUGACACAGAGACCAGUGCUUCAAAGCUUGAUAAAAUAUCUCGUGCCGUUCCACUUGGCCUUGAUGAGUUCAAGAGCCGAGUGUCCAAUUCUAAACACGAGUCUUUGGAAGACCAAGUAAGUGGUGUGAUUCACAGGAUGGAGCCUGGUGGGAAAGAGUACAACUAUGCAGCUGCUUCAAAAGGUUCAAAGGUCUUAUCUUCUAAUAAGGAAGCGAAAGGAGCCACAAGCAUCAUAAGCUCGGACAAUGACAAGUAUCUCCGGAACCCAUGUUCUACUGAAGAGAAGUUUGUUGUAAUAGAACUUUCAGAAGAAACGUUGGUGAACACUAUCAAGAUUGCAAACUUUGAGCAUUACUCAUCUAAUCUGAAGGAGUUUGAGAUUCUUGGAAGCUUAGUUUAUCCUAGUGAUACAUGGGUUCAUCUUGGGAGCUUCACAGCUUUGAACAUGAAGAAUGAGCAGAACUUUACACUAGUGGAUCCCCAAUGGGUGAGAUAUCUAAAGAUGAAUUUUCUAAGUCAUUACGGUUCAGAGUUCUACUGCACCUUGAGUUUACUAGAAGUCUAUGGAGUGGACGCUGUGGAACGAAUGCUUGAGAACUUGAUAUCUAUACAAGACAAAAACAUGGUGAGACCUCAAGAAGGAGAUAGGGAGUCCUCUGAAAGUCAUGAGGAUGGGAGUAAACGAAAGGAGAAGGAACAAAAAACAUCACCAGAGAGUGUGGUUUUGAAACCUGAAGUAUCAACUGAGAGAAUGAAGCUGCUAGAUCCUGUGGAAGAGCUAAAACAUCACCAACCAGGAAGUAGGAUGCCAGGGGACACAGUUCUGAAGAUACUUAUGCAAAAGAUAAGGUCUCUUGACUUAAGCUUAUCAGUGCUGGAGAGUUACUUGGAGGAGCUGAGUUCAAGAUACAAGAAGAUAUUCAAGGAGAUAGAUGUAGAGGCGAUCAAGAGAGAAAAAGAGGUGGUGAAGAUGAGACUAGAGUUAGAUGGAAUGAAGGAGAGUCAAGAGAGAAUGAAGGAAGAGGCCACGGAGAUGAGAGAGUGGAGAAUAAAAGUGGAAACAGAGGUUGAGAAGGCUGGUUAUGAGAAGGGGAAAGUGAUGGAAAGGUUGGAGAAAGUUUUAGAAAAGAUGGAAUGGAUGGAGAAGAAAGGUGUGGUUGUGUUCACCAUCUGUGUUGGGUUUGGGGCUAUGGCAGUUGUAGCGGUGAUUCUUGGGAAGUUGAUAGGUUCAGAAAAGAAGCCAGCUGACUUGGCUUGGCUUCUAUUGUUGAUAAGCUCUAUAUUCAUCAUGUUUGUUUUGUCUCUUUGAUGACAAGAGCCUUCAGUUUUGGUUGGUCUUUUUAGUUUGUACAACUGUAGAGGCAGUUGAGUCUUUUAUACAGAAUAAACAUGCUAAGUUCAAAUGAAGAUCAAUUUUUUUUGUGCCGAAAAUUCCGGUUCAGUACUGUAGACAAGAAGCACAAUACCAUAAUUGAACUUAGCAUAUGAAGUUUCUGCUAAUGAAGCUAAUAUUGAGAAGCAGAAUAAUCUCACCCCUGAGGAGGUAGAUGCUCCUUCUUGACCAAUGCCUUUUGCAAAAAUUGCAUACAGCACCGAAGAAGGACCUUCUAAUCUCUAGAAGCAUUCUAUGGUAACUAUAUUCUGGUAGUUGGCUGGUGUAUUACCUCUUGAUGUAUGCAAUGCCUGCUUUACCUUUUUAAGAUUGGGUUGUUUUAUUUCGCUAUGUCUGCUGAGUCUUCUGGAGAGUGCUUCACAGCACAACCUCAGUCAAAGAAAAUGCUUAAAAUCAUAGAGGUCUACAAAACCAAGUAUACACAAAACAGUGCAAUAGUAUUUACAUCAGUUGGUUUAUAAACCAAGUAUACGCAAGAAGUUUGAGUGUAGUACUUUCAGAUAAUAAAAUAAUGUGACAAAGAAUCUCUAUUAUUAA